GAGAGAGAGGAACAAUUUGACCCAAGCAAGCAAAAGAGAGCGAGUGAAAGCGCGUCCAUCAACCACCAAUACAGAUGAACAUGCUACACAGUUUCAGCGGCGGCGGCGCCGGCAGCGCUGCCAACGCCUCAGGCGACGUCAGCAACGCGGAAACCGAACUGAAGGAGCGGCUGAUAGCCAGCGUGAAGAAGGAGGUGAAGCAGCUGAUGGAGGAGGCGGUGACCAAGAAGUACGUCCACGAGGAGAGCAGCUCGGUGACCUCGUUGUGCGGCGCCGUGGAGGCCUGCCUGAGCCACGGCCUGCGCAGAAGAGCUCUGGGAUUGUUCAAGACCUCGUCGACGACGGCGCUGAUCCAGAAGAUAGCCAAGAUCUGCCCGGAGGCGGACUACGUGAGCCGCCGGCUCCUCGAGCUGGAACUCGCGCAGGAGUCGCACGCGGUGAGCGGCAAACGAUCUUCCUCCAGCAGCGACAGCAUCAUCAAGCCCAAGCUCCUGAGCAAGGGCAGCGGGAGCAGCAAUUCGGUGACCACCAUCAACACGGUCUCCAAUGGCGCGGGAGCUGGACCUGGAGGAGGGGUGGGGGCCAAUGCUCCGCUGGUCAAGUACCUGUGGAUCCGACUGGCCCUGCACGAGAAACGGCUGGCCAAGAUCAUCGAGCACCUGGUCAGCAACGCCAACAGCUACUACGAUCGUGAGGCGCUGGUCGCCGAUCCCGACUACGGCUCCAUCCUGAGCUCCCUGCUGGUGGGUCCGUGUGCCCUCGAGUUCACCCGGGCCAAGACUGCCGACCACUACUGGUCCGAUCCCUGUGCCGACGAGCUGGUGCAGCGCCACAGAAUCAGCUCGGGCAACCGGACGCCACCCACCACCCACCGGCCGAUCAUCAACUUCAAGCGCAGCCUGCACACCAGCUCGGAGGACACGAGCAGUGGCUCCUUCAAGGCCUGCUCGCCGGCGAGCGUGGCCAAGGACUACGUGGAAUCGCUGCACCAGAACUCGCGCACCACGCUGCUCUACGGCAAGAACAACGUGCUGGUGCUGCCCAAGGACGUGUCCGAGCCCAUGCCGGGAUACCUCAGUCUGCACCAGAGCAUCCAGUCGCUGACGAUCAAGUGGACGCCCAACCAGCUGAUGAAUGGCUACAACGACGGCGACGGCGGCGACAAGAGCUUUUACUGGAGCUACGCCCUCAACAUCAACGUGGACGAGAUUGUCUAUGUGCACUGUCACCAGAAUCGCGGCGGCGACACCGGCGGCACCAUCAUCCUGGUGGGCCAGGACGGCGUCCAGCGGCCGCCCAUUCACUUUCCUGAAGGCGGACACCUGCAGGCGUUCCUCAGCUGCCUGGAAACGGGUCUCCUGCCACAUGGUCAGCUGGAUCCGCCGCUCUGGUCGCAGCGCGGCAUUGGCAAGCUGUUCCCUUGGCCCAAGAGCGUGAGGCGACACAUCCUGCCCUCCGUGAUGGAGGCCGGCGGCUCCCUGGCCGACGAGACGCCCAUCGACUAUGUGUUCCGUGUGGUCAGCAAGUGCCAGCACGAGGAGUUCUUGGCCAGCCACCCCAUCCUGGAGCUGGGACGAUCCAGUCCGCGGCGGAAGCACCUCGGCAGCUGCUCCACCACCGGCAGCAGCGACUGCUCCAGCAAAAGCCUCUCCAUCGACCAGAGCAGCUGCGAAACGCCGCUGAUCCAGGCCAGCCAGAGCACCAGCAUCGAGCUGGUGUGCUCCACGAUGCGCCGGCAGAUCAUCUCCAGGGCCUUCUACGGCUGGCUGGCCUACUGUCGCCACCUCUCCACGGUCCGCACCCACUUAUCCGGGCUGGUCAACGGCCGCAUCAUGCCUGAUCUGGCCGCGGACGAGGAGGGUCUGACCCGUGAAAAGUGGCUGGCGAUGCACGAGGAUGGGGUAAUCAGCGGCGACUUGGAGCUCUAUCGACUCGUUUACUUCGGCGGCGUGGAGCCGGAGCUGCGCAAGGAGGUGUGGCCCUACCUUUUGGGGCAUUACGCCUUCGGCUCCACGCCGGAGGAGCGGAAAAAGCAGGACGAGACCUGCAAGCACUACUACGAGACGACGAUGAGCGAGUGGCUGGCUGUGGAGGCCAUCGUGCGUCAGCGGGAAAAGGAGAAGACGGCCCUGGCCGUGGCCAAAUUGAGUGCUGAGCAGGCGCGUCUAGCGGCCAAUGCCGCUAGCUCCUCGAAUCCCCACCAGAAACUCACCAACGGCAGCCAACACUUGCAGCUUGCUCAUGGGAACGGCGAGGAAGAUCAGGAGCAGCUGGUCCUGGACGAGGGCGAGAAUGAUGUCUUCGAUGACAAUGACUUUUCGGACAUUUCCGAUCCUGGUGAUCUGUUUGAUGAGCCGGAAUUGGGCCAGGAGGCCGAGGAGCAGGAGCAGGAACGUAACCCCGAGGAUGAGGUCUUUGAAAAACAGGAGGAUCGGGAGAACCUGGGAAAUCAGCAGGACCAGGAGGAUCAGGAGGACCAGGAGGACGGUGAUCAACGCGAGAUGCCGCGACUCAGCGAGCAACUUGUUCUGGAGUUCCAAAACAUAGACAAUAUGGAACCAUUACGUCUGCAGGAGAACUGCUUUGCCGAUUCCGAGACCGAAAACGAUCUGGGAUUGGGUCUGGAUGGCAGCGGCAAUAUCCUGAUGCUGAGCAUCAAGAGCUCCCCAUCGACGAGCAGCUAUGAGACGGUGGGCAACGAGUUCGUCGACAUGGCGGAGGCCAAGCUGGAGGAGGAGGAGACCCCUGGGCAGCUAAGCAAGUUCCACAGCGCCGACGACGUGAGGCUGGACAACCAGGAUGAGGAGGAAUCAUCGCAGCCAGCCACUGCGGUUAUUAUAACAGAGGCGGCUUCGCUGGACGCCCUGGACGACGAUCCCACCGAGGAGUUUACCUCGAGGAAGACCAGCCUGAUGUCGCCCCUCAACGAGGACAUCACGGUGGUCGCCUCGCUGGAUGCUCUGCAGGAGCCCAAGUCCGCCUGCGUCUCGCCGGCCAGCUCGAACGGAGGUGUCUACAGCGUGGAGCUGCUGGAGCAGUUCGGGCUGAAUCUGCACCGGAUCGAGAAGGACGUGCAGCGGUGCGACAGGAACUACUGGUACUUCGCCAACGAGAACCUGGACAAGCUGCGCAACGUGAUCUCUACGUACGUGUGGGAGCACCUGGACGUGGGCUACAUGCAGGGCAUGUGCGACCUGGUCGCUCCCCUCCUGGUCAUCUUCGACGACGAGUCGCUCAGCUACAGCUGCUUCUGCAAGCUCAUGGAGCGCAUGAUCGAGAACUUUCCCAGCGGCGGAGCCAUGGACAUGCACUUUGCCAACAUGAGGUCCCUCAUCCAGAUCCUCGACUCGGAGAUGUACGACCUGAUGGACUCGAACGGCGACUACACGCACUUCUACUUCUGCUACAGGUGGUUCCUGCUCGACUUCAAGAGGGAGCUCGUCUACGACGACGUCUUCGCCACCUGGGAGGUCAUCUGGGCGGCCAAGCACAUCGCCUCCGGCCACUUCGUCCUCUUCCUGGCCCUGGCCCUGCUGGAGACCUAUCGCGACAUCAUCCUCUCGAACAGCAUGGACUUCACCGACGUCAUCAAGUUCUUCAAUGAAAUGGCGGAGCGCCACAACGCCCAGUCGAUCCUGCAGCUGUCCAGGAGCCUGGUCCUCCAGCUUCAGACCAUCAUCGAGAACAAGUAGACGGGGAGGGACGAAUCGUCAGCCAUCCGUAAACCAUCGUCAGUUCCUGGAGACCUCAGUUGCCGAUCAGUAUUGAGCAUGCGACGUACUAUGUUGUUAGCACCUAGAAACUAGAAUCGUAGAAUCGCAGUUAGAGAGCGCUUAGGGGUAUAUAGCCAACCACAAAGCGUGAGCAUACCACAUACCCACUAACGUAUACCCUACAACAUAUAUACAUAACAUAUAACAUAUAACGCAUAACAAAUAGCGCAUAACAUAUAACAUAUAACAUAUAUGACAUACCUGCACCCUAGAGAUUGCAAUUAGCUGAGGAUCUCGCUGUGGUUUUUUGGGAGGCCUCCCGUAAUCCGCAAUGGUUUUUUUUUGGAAACGGCUGGGAAUCGCUUAAAGAAAUUUAACACAAUUAAGGAAAUUGUAGUGACCUGAAAAACACAAGAAGGAAAAUCAAGUGGAAAUCGAACAACGUAAAAGAUAAACUAUUUAUACUUAUACAAUAUACAUGGAUAUACCGAUUAUAUUAUACACAGGCAGUGGCAUAUUUAUACGUUUUGUAUAUUCGAGAGAACCAGGAGUGGAUCACGUACAUAUAUGGAUAUUGUAUUAGAUAUCG